AUGCGCGGUCGCCUUUGUGUGGGUCGAGCGGCGGCGGCGGCAGCGGCGGCGGUGGCAGCGGCUGUGGCGGUCCCACUGGCAGGCGAGCGAGAGGGGAGUCCGGGCGGCGUCCCGCGUGGGACCCGGGGGUCCACCAUGGUCAAGAAGCGGAAAGGCCGUGUCGUGAUCGACUCGGAUACGGAAGACAGUGGCAGCGACGAGAACCUGGAUCAGGAACUCUUGUCCCUGGCAAAGCGGAAGCGCAGUGACUCUGAGGAGAAGGAGCCUCCUGUGAGUCAGCCUGCAGCCUCGUCAGACUCAGAGACGUCGGACAGUGAUGAUGAGUGGACAUUUGGGAGCAAUAAAAAUAAGAAGAAAGGAAAAGCCAGAAAAAUAGAGAAGAAAGGAACCAUGAAGAAACAAACCAACAAAACUGCCUCUUCUGGCAGUUCAGACAAAGACAGUUCAGCUGAGAGCUCAGCCCCUGAGGAAGGGGAAGUGUCUGAUUCUGACAGCAACAGCUCCUCGUCUAGUUCAGACUCUGACUCUUCGUCAGAGGAUGAAGAAUUCCAUGAUGGCUAUGGAGAGGACCUCAUGGGAGAUGAGGAGGAUAGGGCCCGGCUGGAGCAGAUGACAGAGAAGGAACGAGAGCAAGAACUAUUCAACCGCAUAGAGAAAAGAGAGGUGUUGAAAAGAAGGUUUGAAAUUAAGAAAAAACUAAAGACAGCCAAAAAGAAAGAAAAGAAAGAAAAAAAGAAAAAGCAAGAAGAGGAACAGGAAAAGAAAAAGCUGACACAGAUUCAAGAAUCUCAGGUAACAUCCCACAACAAAGAACGGCGUUCCAAACGAGAUGAGAAACUAGAUAAGAAAUCUCAAGCCAUGGAGGAGCUGAAAGCUGAGCGAGAAAAGCGGAAGAACAGAACAGCUGAGCUCCUCGCUAAAAAACAGCCAUUGAAAACCAGUGAGGUCUACUCUGAUGAUGAAGAGGAGGAGGAGGACGACAAGUCCAGUGAAAAGUCAGACCGCUCAUCCCGAACGUCUUCAUCUGAUGAAGAAGAAGAGAAAGAAGAGAUCCCUCCAAAAUCACAACCAGUCUCCUUACCUGAGGAGUUGAAUCGGGUUCGAUUAUCACGGCAUAAGCUAGAACGUUGGUGUCACAUGCCCUUUUUUGCUAAAACUGUUACGGGAUGUUUUGUACGGAUUGGCAUUGGAAACCACAAUAGCAAGCCAGUUUACCGGGUGGCUGAAAUCACAGGUGUGGUAGAAACUGCCAAAGUUUACCAGCUGGGUGGCACCAGAACAAACAAAGGGCUACAGCUAAGGCAUGGCAAUGACCAGCGAGUGUUCCGCCUGGAGUUCGUCUCAAACCAAGAAUUCACUGAAAGUGAAUUUAUGAAGUGGAAAGAAGCAAUGUUUUCAGCUGGCAUGCAGUUGCCCACUCUCGAUGAAAUCAAUAAAAAGGAAUUGUCUAUUAAAGAAGCUCUCAAUUAUAAGUUCAAUGAUCAAGACAUUGAAGAGAUUGUGAAAGAGAAAGAAAGGUUCAGAAAAGCGCCACCAAAUUAUGCUAUGAAGAAGACUCAGCUGCUAAAGGAAAAGGCCAUGGCUGAGGACAUGGGAGAUCAGGACAAGGCCAAACAAAUCCAAGACCAGCUGAAUGAGCUAGAGGAGCGGGCAGAGGCCUUGGACCGCCAGCGGACCAAAAAUAUAUCUGCUAUAAGUUACAUCAACCAGCGGAAUCGGGAGUGGAACAUUGUGGAGUCUGAGAAGGCCUUGGUGGCCGAAAGCCACAAUAUGAAAAACCAGCAAAUGGAUCCUUUCACCAGGCGGCAGUGCAAACCUACCAUCGUUUCUAAUUCCAGAGACCCAGCUGUUCAAGCUGCCAUCUUGGCCCAGCUAAACGCGAAAUAUGGUUCUGGAGUGUUACCAGAUGCUCCAAAGGAAAUGAGCAAGGGUCAGGGAAAGGAUAAAGAUUUGAAUUCUAAGUCAGCCAGUGACCUCUCAGAAGACUUGUUCAAAGUACAUGAUUUUGAUGUGAAGAUUGACUUGCAGGUUCCCAGCUCAGAGUCAAAAGCUUUGGCCAUCACCUCUAAGGCCCCACCAGCCAAGGAUGGAGCGCCAAGGAGAUCUCUGAACUUGGAAGACUACAAAAAACGACGGGGACUUAUUUGAACACACUGAUCCUGCUGCUUCUGACCCUGCAUGCCCCAUCAGCGUCCCGCCUUUCCUCUUUUCCUUUGAGUUGCCCUCUUUGGGCUGGAGCAGCAGUAGAACUGGGAAGAGACUCUAAACUGCCAGUCAUCUGUAAUAUAAACCAUUUGCUGUAUAGACCUUCUUUGUCUGCACCAUUUCCCAGCAACCCCAAGGGUCCACCCAAAGUGGAUCUGGGUUGUCACGGUCUUUUCAUGUCUUCAGAUUUGUGUUUGCAGGUUUUUGUUUUGUUUUUGUUUUUGUUUUUGUUUUUUUAACCAGCACAGUUUGGCCACUCUGCACGCAUUCAGUAUUACCAUGGAGCUGGGAUUCUUGCUGGAGCCCCUAGUGGCCAUAGCAGCAGCACUGGGCAAUGUCCUCUUCAGACUGUCUUGGGCCCAACUAUUGGACAUUCGGCACCUACCGAACCCUUGCAGAGGGAGUGGGGACUUGCAAUCUUCUUUCCUCUCCUCAUCUUUAUCUUCUUCCCAUCUCUGUGGAAGAGACAUUUUCAAAACCAGUUUAGUUUCCAAAAAGUGUACAUUUAUGGGGAGGGAGGGGGUCUAAUUUGAGAGAGUGUGUGUAUGUAUGUGUGUGUAAGUGUGGGUUUUUUAUCCUUUUUUUUAAAACGCAGUACUCUUUGUAUCAGUCUGUCAUGGGUCUAUAGCUGUUUCAGAUUUUUUUCAGCUGUACUGGAGCAUCUGAAACUGAAGAAACUCAUUAAAUGUGAUUCUUCUUACUAAACAGGCCUGACUGCUUGUAGCUGUGUGACUUCCCUAUACCCUUCUUCCCGGUCACUGCUUUGCCCCAGGGAAAAUGCCAGUUUAGCUCCCUUGCCCUGUAGGCUGUGUCCUGGCAGGUGGAUGGGAAGCCCACGGCAGGUCCCAGGGAGGGCAGCGGGCAGCCAAAGUGUGUCUUGCUCCCCCUGUGGACACAGCCCAAAGCUUCCUGGCUGAACAUAGUGUGUCUUGUUCCCACCAAGUGUACCUGUUUCUUCCUAGUGACUAUUUUGAUGUUUUGACAAGAAUAACGAUUUGUUUUUAAGAAAAAUUAUUCAACAUGAAUGUGGAGAGUGAACAAAAAUAUUUAGGUUGCAAAUGUUACCAGCAUGUGCAAUUGUGUGUGUGUGUGUGUGUGCGCGUGUGUGCAUAUAUAUGUGCAGUAAGCAUAUACACUGUUGUGCAGCUAAAGCCAGCAAAGAGGUGUGUAUGUCGUUAUGAAAUGUUUGGGAAAAGAUAAGCUGACUGCUUGAUAAUCAUUCUCAGGUGUAAAGCUCCAAGUGUAAAUAAAAGUGGCAUUUAACAAAUCUUUUCAGAACAAAGUACAACUGACUAUACAUACACCAAGAACUAAGCUAAAGACAGCUGAGAGCUGCUGAUUCCAUAAGAGGAGAGGAACUGAGAAGCUCUGCUCUGUACUUCUUCACUUUACUUUUGUAUAAGGAAGGGGGUGAUGGGAAACCAUUGAAUUAAGUUGUAUUUAAACAUUAAAAAUGAAUUUAAUAACUCUUCUGGAUUGAGUAAAGCCUCAGUUGCUUUAAAUUAGUUUACAUUUUUUACUUUUAACAAGACAGCAACAGGGCCGGGCGUGGUGGCGCACGCCUUUAAUCCCAGUACUCGGGAGGCAGAGGUAGGAGGAUCACCAUGAGUUCAAGGCCACCCUGAGACUACAUAGUGAAUUCCAGGUCAGCCUGAGCUAGAGUGAGACUCCUCCUCAAAAAACCAAAAAAAAAAAAAAAAAAAAAAGCAACAGGUGGUUUUGUGACUUGUAAAAUUGGUAAAAAGUGACUGUAACAGCCCUGUUGUAGCGGUGGCAGUUUGGUUGGGCAAAGGAAUGGUCACAUACUCAGUACAAUCAUAUAUACUUGAAUAGUCUAUUGACCGAAGCUCUUUAUAGACUGUUGUGUAAAUGUGGAAUCACAGACUGUUAAACACCGCCUGGACUCUGCCAGAGUCUUGGAGAGACCUGCUGAGACCUCUCCUUGUCAAACUUGGACUUUUUGUUUUGUUUUGUUUUUCUUCUUGUCUUAAAAGACAUAAAAUCAUAGAAUCCAUAUAACUUGCUGGAGUCAUUCUGAUUCACCAUGUAGAUCUGUAUUAUUUGGGUUUGAAGAAGUGUCAAUUACAUUAUGACUGUGUAAUAAAGUUUUUAUUAAAACUGCA